AUGCUCUACUCUCUUUUUUCGCCGUUUCCGUCGUCUGUUGUGUGCACGUGUUGCUGGCUAAUUUCACCAAUCGUAUUCGUGACAAGAAGCAAACUCAAGUGUAGUAUUGUGAGCAGCAUACAGCUGCGGUGUUUACCUGAUCUUUUUCUACCGCGCCACAUUUUUGUUUUGCAUCGAAAAAUGGCCUCCUGCCGCACUGGCCGGCUUCCCAUGCCGGAUGAUCCGCUGUUCAACUCGACGCACAUGCACGGUCUGCGCCACAGCAGCCGUCUUGCUGGCCUUGGCAUGAUUGCCGUGAUUUGGAUUAUGUACGAGAAGCUGCGCCACUCGCACCACUACAUCACUUACAAGGGCCCCGAGAACCCGUUUGCGCGCAUUCGUCAUCGCCGUUUCCCUGGUGGAGCGUUCAUGUUCGGCUGGGGUAACAACGGCUUGAAUCGGGAUUGUGGUAUCAAGGAAUUCGAGUGCUGGGCCGGUUACACUGGUAAGGAGUACACGUACUAA